AUGGCGUGGUCCUGUGAUCCAGAUGUCAUUAGCAACCAACCCAACGUGAUCAAGUACAGUUCAGAGAAGCCCAACUGGGAUUACCAUGCUGAAAUAGAAGCAUUUGGACAUCGGUUACAGGAGACCUUUUCCUUAGAUCUUCUCAAAACUGCAUUUGUUAAUAGCUGCUAUAUUAAAAGUGAGGAGGCCAAGCGCCAAAACCUUGGAAUAGAGAAAGAAGCUGUUCUUCUGAAUCUUAAAGAUAAUCAAGAACUCUCUGAACAAGGGACAUCUUUUUCAAAAACUUGCCUCACACAAUGUCUCGAGGAUGCAUACCCAGACUUGCCCACCGAAGGCAUUAAGAGUCUCGUUGACUUUCUCACUGGUGAGGAAGUGGUAUGUCAUGUGGCCAGAAACUUGGCCGUGGAGCAGUUAACACUGAGUGCAGAAUUUCCAGUUCCCCCGCCUGUUUUACAGCAGACUUUCUUCGCAGUAGUUGGAGCCUUGCUGCAGAGCAGUGGCCCUGAGAGGACUGCUCUUUUCAUCAGGGACUUCUUAAUUACUCAGAUGACUGGAAAAGAACUCUUUGAGAUUUGGAAGAUAAUAAAUCCCAUGGGGCUACUGGUAGAAGAACUGAAGAAAAGGAAUAUUUCAGCUCCUGAAUCUAGACUUACCAGGCAGUCUGGAAGCACCACAGCUUUGCCUGUGUUUUUUGUUGGCUUGUACUGUGAUAGAAAGCUGAUUGCGGAGGGACCUGGGGAGACCGUGCUGGCUGCGGAAGAAGAAGCUGCUCGCGUGGCGCUCCGGAAGCUCUACGGGUUCACGGAGAACCGCCGGCCCUGGGACUAUUCCACACCCGGAGGGAAUUUCAGAGCAGAGAAGCUACCCGGCUACCCGGCCAAGCAUGUGGCAGCCUGAGAUCUGCGAGCCAGGCAGUGAGACACAGGU